CCCUCUUACUCGUCUCCAAAAGCACGAUCACACCCUUCCCAGCCAGAUCCAUUAAAAUCCCUUCACAAAGCAAAACCGUUAAGUUUCCUCUAGAUCUGAAAAAAUAAAUUCCUUCCACCGUGGCGCCGUCGGGGCCGCAAGCCCUCUCUCGCAGAAAACCGUCUUCGUCGUCACAACCACCUUCGUCGUCAACUCCAGCUGCGAGCAGAGCAGAUCAAAGAGAACAUUAUAGAAAGAAUCUGACGGUCGAUUAUCCAUUUUGGCAACAGAAUUGGUUCAUCGGAUUACUAUUCUUGAUGGCGAUGGGAUUCUUAGGUCUCGCUCUCUUCCUCUUCCUCUCUAUCGAUUUCGAUCAAGGUUCUCCCUCCUCUGCCUCCGCCGCCUCCUCCUCCCAAAACGUCGAGAUUACUUAUGGGACGGUUCUAAAGCUGAUGCACGAGAAAACAAAAUUUAGGUUACAUUCACACGAUGUGCCGUACGGUUCUGGAAGUGGACAGCAAUCUGUUACCGGUUUUCCUAAUGUAGAUGACUCCAACAGCUACUGGAUUGUUAGGCCUCCUCCUGAUACAUCUGCUAAACAAGGAGACACCAUUGCUAAUGGGGCAAUUAUUAGGUUUCAACACAUGAGGACCAGAAAAUGGUUGCAUAGCCACUUGCAUGCAUCUCCAAUAUCGGGAAACCUAGAGGUUAGCUGCUUUGGAGGAGAAUCAGAAUCUGAUACCGGCGAUUAUUGGAGGCUCAUUAUUGAGGGAAGUGGGAAGACUUGGAAGCAAGAUCAAAGGAUUCGGCUUCAACAUGUUGACACUGGUGGCUACCUGCAUAGUCAUGAUAAGAAAUAUUCUAGAAUAGCUGGUGGACAGCAGGAGGUUUGUGGCAUUCGAGAAAAACGUGCCGAUAAUGUAUGGUUGGCUGCAGAGGGUGUGUAUCUCCCCAUUACCGAAAGCAAAUAGUGUUUUUGUGUUUAACAGAUCACUACUUUGUAAAAGCAGGUGCAUGGGUUUUGAAUUUGUAGGUGGCUGGUGCCUGUUUUUUAGCCAGCCAUAGCCAUUUUACGAAAUCAAGUAGUGUAUUGGCAGAACAACUUUCUCCGCUAAUUAACUCUAUUACGCAUGCUUAUGUACCUUCAGACUAUACCGAUCAGAUGUAGCCUUUCUGAUGAUUAA